AUGAUUGUUUCUAGUAAUACAAGCGAUUUAUGGUCAUCAACAUUGAUACCUAACUAUCAUGUGCACUUUUUUGUUACGAAUCAAACAGCUUGGGUUACGGAUCUCUUACCAUAUCAACAGUAUCGAGAUUCAAUGACGAACGAGCCAUUCAUGAAUUAUGGGCUUCAUCCGACAAUUAAACCUGGUUUCGUUAACGCUAUUCAACAAGCUGACUAUGCUAUUAGUAAUGAAACAUAUGCCAAUGCAAGUAAUUCAAUGCUGAUGACCAUACAAUCACAAAACUUAAUUCCUGCAGUUGAGCACAAUACCAAUAAUGAUUUUCUCUUGGCAACCAAUCCGAUGGCUGUAACCAAUACAAACUUUUAUAGCACACCAUGUCAACAGAUAGCUACACCAUCAUCUCAAACAUUUUCAUCCAGCAAUCAACCGUUAACAACGACUGACGAUUGGUAUGCACAGCAAGGCUUAUUAGUCGAAUCAAUUACACCGCCAUUGCCUCGACAAAACGAUAAUCCAUCGGAAUGCUUACCUCCAUCAGACACCUUACAAACAACUAAUACGGUCGUUAUCGUUACGACGAAAACAUACUCCAACGCGUCCUUCAUCUCCUUCGUUUUCAAUUCACUUUCCGCCUUCUUCCAUACUUCACUCAUCUACAUCGAACAUUUACCCAACUACCAGCAUCCAUCAGCCACCUCACUCACUUAUCUCAUUUGUUUCGAUCAGUUCGAUGCAUCACUUCAACACGCUCUCGAUGCCACCAUUCUCAACAAUCUCAGCGCACAUGUCAACUAUCACUUUCUGCUCGUCAAUGCACCAUGUCAAUCACUUGUGAAACACUUGUAUGCGAGAAUCAUGGAUCAACGGAGCAUUCUCGUAGUUGAUUAUCGAUCGACAUUCGACGAUGAUGCACUGUUGUUAUGCUCAGGGAAUCGUGAAACAUAUGAGAUCCUUCGAUCAACGUUACUGAAGUAUCUCUGUUCCAAAGUGAAGUAUAUCGAAUCACGAGGAGAUGAUGAUCAGGUGGCAUAUUCUGCUUAUUGUAUAUCAUCGAUUAUUGAAUCAAGUAAUAUUCUGAAUCGGUUUGUUGGCGAACAGAUUCAUCAGGCACUCAACGAAAGUUUUGAUGUAAACUUUCGUGGAGCAAAUCAAGCUGUAAUUAACGAAUUGUUUCCUCGUAUAUCAGCGAGUAGAAAUCCGAAUUCGAAUAAUUUAAUUGACAUAAUUCGGAAUUCUCAUGAAGAAAUAGUAAAAAAUCCCAGUAAACGAUCCAUCAUCAUGGAUGAUUUAUUUCAAAAUGGGGCAAUCAAAACAAACAUACCUCCACCUAUCUGUGAAUAUUACACACAACAUGUUGUACAUGAUAAUAAGUAG